UUUAAAAAAUAAGCACCCGGGAGGGGAGACGCCGAUCUGAAUUCUGAGAUCCAUUUUUGAAAAUCUGAAAACAGUUGGGGCAGAGGCGCCCUUUCCUUUACUGGUAGACAAGAAAUCUUUCCUUUGCAAACAUAGAGAGAGAGAGAGAGAGACAUGGCUGAUACCAAGUUUGCGUCCCUUCUUUUGGAGAAUUUGAAGCUACAGGAUCCAUGGCUUCCCCCCGACACAUGGGAAUCCAUACCUUCUGAAAGUGGGCUACUGCUUUCUUCUCCUAUACCUAAUUCAAACCAACCUCUCUGCCACCUCUCCACUCUCUCUGAAUCUAGUUUGGUGAGGUUGGCCGUGAAUGCCAUGCAGGGUGCUAAAUCUUCCCUUGUUAUUAUUCAAAACCUGUCUGCCAUCUUUUCUUCUGAUCCAUCUGUCAGGUCCUUCCUCUGGAAUCGUGCUUCCACCACUCGUUCUCUUGGAAAUAUACUUAUCUCUAUUGGCUGCACCGGCUCUCUGCUCUUUCUUCUCCGUGCUUUUGUUGAUUAUUUUACAGACACUUUUCCACUCAUUCAUCAUGACUCUCCUCCCUUUACUCUCGUUAAUCAAGCCUUUGCUGUUUCUGUGGGAAAAGUCUUGGAAGGCUACAUCUGUGGAUUGGACACUAUUCAUACAUCUGUACUUUUAAGGCGUUCAUCUAAGGAUGUCGAUUUCACUGUGCCUGGGUGUUUGAAGAAUGUAGUGCAUUCUGAAAUUACACUUCUUGAGUUUUACCUGCACACUAAAGAACUAAGGACUCAGAUUGAAGCCCUUGCUAGUGUUUGUAACCUACAAAAGUGGGUUCAUUGCUUUCCAGACACUGCUUUCCAGGACCUGAUUACUGAAGCUACUUCUGAAUUUCGUAACUUCUUCAGAGGGGGGAAUCUGUUAACUUUUUUGUUUGCACAAUUACAGGUAGCUGAUCCUGCUCACUGCACCCUGCUCAAGUUUCUUUUUCUUCAAUCAUGUGAACCAUAUUGUGGGUUCAUAAGAUCAUGGAUUUUCAAAGCAGAAGUCCAUGACCCAUAUAAGGAAUUUAUUAUAGAAAAUAUGGACUGUUUACCUCAUAAGUCACAUGUUAAAGCUGGCCAUUCUGUUGACUUUCCAUUAGCAAGUGUCAAGGUGCGAGAUGGAGUUCCCAUUCCUGGAUUUCUCAAAGACUUCUUGGUUCCACUUGUUAGAGCUGGUCUGCAGCUUCAAGUACUGUUGAAAUUGCUUGAAACGUGCAUUCAUGUUGCUUCUGGAGAACACAGUUGUCAUGACUUUCUACCCUGUUGGAGUGGCUUUUCAAGUAGUCUGUCUUAUUCUUCUCCAUUGACUUUCAGCAAAGAUGUUAUAGAAGCUAUGGUUCUUGCAAGAGAAAAUUAUUAUAAAAGGAUGAAUGAAAAAAUUGAAAGCCUUUUGAGCAGCUUAGAAGUUAGAUAUCAGCAGGUAGCCAUGCGUGCUUUAGUACCUUCUUUUGAUAAUGGUGGAGGUACCUUAGACAAACUAGGCCAGAUCAUGUCAGAAAACAAUUUUGUUGGUUGCCCCACAGCAGAUAAAAGAAGUUUAAAUAUGGGCAUUGGUGAUUUGGGCUCUGAUGUCUCAAGUACAAUAGAUGAGUUCUCUUUGCUGGAAGAUGUGUGUGAUUUAUCUGAAAGCUCAUCCUUAUACAGCUCUGAGGAGCAAUUGGAUUGUGAUCAGCUUAGUGGCUGGUCUUGUCCAGUAGUUGGGCAACAAAAUCAUUUAUCUGCUUUAAGCUUCUUGAAGAGUAGUACCUUAAAUAAUUCAAUACAAAAUUCCUGCCAUCAUGAAAGCUCAGGCAGUGAUUCGCAUGGAAUCUGUGAUAAAAUGGAUGCUACUGAUGUGUUGAUGAAGACCUCCCAUGAGGUAGUGAUAUCGAGUCACAUGUCUAAUCCUCUAAAUCCAGAGAAUUCAAGCUGCUUAUGUAAAUUCAGUAUUCAAGAUAGAGAGAGUUUGAUUGACAGUUGUUCAGGAAUGGGUCACUUUUUGAAAAAAUCAUUUGAUAAUGAUGGAACUGUUGAGCCAAAGGUGACUGAAAAGCACCUGGGACCCCUGAAAUAUUCUAUGUUAUGCCAUGACAUUAAUACCAUUAGCAAUACUUUGAGUGGGGAAGCCACAAAGGAGGAUCAACCUGACAAUAAUACACUCACUUCACAUUUGUACGGUUUCCAACCACAAAAAUAUGGCCAUCAGUGUAACCAUCCCAGCAUUAAUCCCCUUAGUGUGAACCCUAUGUUGACAAGGAAUUCAAUUCUUCACCUGAUGGGUAGGAAUGGGGGAAAAUACAAGGCUGAUCAUGAACAAACUUUGCCUUACUUCAAUUUUUCUACUGUAGAGGACCCAUGUAAGGUUUAUAUGGACAAGGUACCCACCAACUCUAGAUGUAGAAGUGCAUCUUCAUUUACACUAGAUAGUAAUGUGUCUAAUCGUAAUGAUAAGAAUAAUGAACAUGGAGAAAUUGACUGUGGUAGAGAGAAUGGGUUGGUUGAUGUUCCCAAAGUAUGUUUUGAUGCUUCACCGGACUUGAUGGACCAUAAACAUUUAACAGUUGUAUCUGGUGGGAGCAGCUGGGAAAGAUUACUAGGUAGUUUUGGAAAAACUGUCAAUGUUGAUGAUACUCAAAAACAAAGUUUGUUGUCAGCAUUUGAGAUACCACUCGAUAUUAUAAUUGACAAGUGCUUGCUGCAGGAAAUCAUGCUUCAAUACAAUUAUGUCAGCAAGCUAGCCAUCAAUGUGCUUGAGGAAGCAUUUAAGUUGCAAGAGCAUCUUUUGGCACUACGGCGGUAUCAUUUUAUGGAGUUAGCAGAUUGGGCAGAUUUGUUUAUCCUGUCUCUUUGGCAUCAUAAGUGGUCUGUUACAGAAGCAAAUGAGAGACUUUCAGAAAUUCAAGGUCUACUUGAGUUGUCAAUUCAGAAGUCUUCUUGUGAACAAGACACUCACAAGGAUAGGUUAUUUGUGUACAUGAAAGGACAUGGGAAAUUGCCUCUUUCUGCAUCUGCUAUUGGGGUCCGUUCUUUUGAUUUCUUAGGACUGGGUUACCAUGUGCAGUGGCCACUCAGUAUUGUUUUAACACCUGCUGCAUUGAAAGUAUAUGCUGAUAUAUUCAGCUUUUUGAUACAAGUGAAGCUUGCCAUUUUUUCAUUGACAGAUGUAUGGUGCUCGUUGAAGGAUUUGGUGCAUACAACCAAUAAAAAUCAAAAUUCUGAAAUACACCAGCUUGAGACAGGGCAUCUUAAUAUGUUGAUGAAGAUGAGGCACCAGAUAAACCAUUUUGUAUCUACUUUGCAGCAGUAUGUAGAGUCACAAUUAUCUCAUGUAUCAUGGUGCAGGUUUCUUCAUUCCCUUCAGCAUAAGGUGAAAGAUAUGAUGGAUCUUGAAUCAGUGCACAUGGAAUAUCUUGCUGAUUCGUUAUGCAUAUGUUUCCUGUCUGAUGAAACAAAGGCAGUUGGCAGCAUUAUUGAGAGCAUUUUGCAAUGUGCACUCGAUUUCCGGUCUUGUAUUACAGUUGGUUCUUGGGAUUCUGGAAGUGAUCCAGAAGAUUUGCUAGGCAAACUUUCUAAAAUCAAUAUAUCCCAGGUGCUUUCUAUAAAGCAGAAGUUUGAUAGAAGUCUAAAAGAACUGCACAUAUGUUAUAUUAAGGGACCUAAACAUGGGAAUUUUGGGCUUUCUCGUUUCUGGGAUUAUCUAAACUAUAAUGAAUAUUAUUCAAAUGUCAGCAAUGAGAUGGGGUACUAUGCCGUCUGAAAUUUGCCAGCUUUGACGAUGAAUUACAUAAUGCACAGCUAAGGGCUAGGAAUCAAGCUUUGGCAAUGAAUUAGGGCAUAAUGCACAGCCAAGGGCUAGGAAGCCAGCUUUUACAGGUCAACAUUGCUGUGACUGGGUAUUGUUGAUGAGAACAUGUUAAUUUUAGAAGAACAAUUGAAAUGUGGUAGAAGUGUCUCUGAGCGGUUUUGCCAAUUCAUGACUGUUUGGAAUAUCUCAAUCGAUUGUGUAUCUUUAAUGAGGGAAAAAGGACAAACAAAGAAAGUCGCUGUAUCUGUGUUUCCCAUGGAUACAAUUUUAUUUGUUUGUGUAUCCAAGUUAUUUCAAGCAGUCUUCGUGGAAGAAAUUUAUGUUUUCAUUUUUUAUUCA